AUGUGUUACUACAGAAGAUACUAUGGUGGCCUGGGCUGCGGCUAUGGCUGUGGCUAUGGUGGCUAUGGCUCCCUCUGCUGCCGCCCCCUGUGCUGUGGGAGGUACUGGUCCUAUGGCUUCUACUGA